AAAAUGUGGAUAGGUACAUGCUGAAAUUAAUUAUUUUGUCAAUUUGUAACCAUUCAAUUUUGAGACACGACACUAACGAGCAAAAUAGUUUAUAUUUAUGUUGACGCGCGCGCUAGCUUCUCGGAUGUAUAUUUACCAAACGUUGAUAGAACACAAACUUUAAUAAAAAUGAAUAAUAUAAUAUUUGAUAGUGAAGGUGAGGUGCAAGAUUUUCCGCGCCUUAAAGCGGCUCUCAAAAAAAACGAUAUAUCAAUUACUCAGCAACAAUCACAAUUGAGCGUUGGUACACCUUUAAUAACUAAUAACUCUCAGUAUUCGUCCUCUGAUGUUGAUACGGCAAUAACACUUAAUUUACUCUAUGAUAAAAAACUAAAAGCACUUGAAAAUACAAUAGUAAAUCGAUUACAUGAAUGUAGAAAAAGUCUACAAGAACUACAAAAUACUGUAAUACAUAAAAGUCAUAAUGCCAAUUUCACCAUCUUGAAUUGUGGAAAACCAUACUUUAAAGACAAGUUUGGAUUUCCUGCCCCAAGUAAUGUAGAUACAUUUAAACGGGCUAAUGCUGGAAUGUACGAUUUUACUAACAUGUCAAACAUACAAGGUUGGACAGUACAAGACAAAAGUGAAUUCAUGAAGAAAAUACUUGAAAUGUCUCGAAAAAUAAAACAAAAGGAAUUAGAAUCAGCACUUGCUAAAGCCAAGUCUAACAAAAGGUCACAGAAUAAAAAUGAAAUAGAACAAAUAAAGAUUGAAAUAAGAAAAGUAAAGAAAAUGCCUCUAGAAGAUGUAGUUCUGCCUGUUAACAAAGACUAUGAUUGGGAACAAAUAGCCAUAGAAAUGAAAUAUAGACACAAACCUCAAGAGUAUAAAGCUUUGUGGAACUUAUUUUUGCACCCUUCCUUUAAUAAAGGGCCAUGGGCUAAAAAAGAGUGUUGGAGGUUAGAGAAAAUAUGUUCUCAAAAACAAUAUCAAGACUGGGAUAGUAUUGCAAAGGAGCUUAGGACAAACCGGACUGGGUACCAGUGUUUUGUGUACUACCAUACUAAUAUCAAUAAUACUUUUACAUCAAAAGAGUGGACAAAAAAGGAGGUAGAGCAUUUAAAAAGAUUAGUUGAAUUCCAUAAAGAACAUGAUUAUAUACCAUGGACUAAGAUUGCUGCCUGUAUGGAAAACAGAACUAGAAUUCAAGUGUAUAAUAAAUUUAUUCAGUUAAAUUCAAAAAGAAAAGGGAGAUUUAUUCCUGAAGAAGAUGCAGUAAUUAUAGCUUGUGCUGAUAAAUUUGGACCUGAUUUUAAAAAAAUGAAAAUGUAUUUGCCUGGCCGUUCAGUACCUCAAUGUAGAGUCAGAUAUAAUAUUUUGGCCAAGCAGAAAACAUCCAUAACUUGGACCAAGCAGGAGGACAGAAAACUUAUGCAACUUGUGGCUAAUCAAGAUUCACCAACAAUUUUUGCAAGCUUGACUAAAUAUUUUCCUGGUAAAGAUAGGUAUCAUUUAAGAUCUCGAUACAAAGUUCUGACUAAGUGGAUAGAAAAGAAUCCAAAUGUUGAUUUUGCAUAUGCACCCAGGCGUCCAGCUAGAUGCUUGGUUCAUGGUAAUGAAUCUUUAAAUUUAAAGAAAGCCCUUGAAAACUUGAAAUUAAGAAUGCAGGAUAAGUUACAAUCGGAAAAAGACAAAACUAUCACACUUCAGUCCUCAGAACAGAAAAUAGAUGAUGCAAUUAUAAAUUAUUUACUUAAGGAGAAAAUUUCAUAUAAAAAUAUUGCAAAACAAAAGUCUCAAAGGAUUAUAAAUAGCCCAAUACCAGAAGAUAAAAACUUUUUGAAAAUAGAAGAUGAAUCAGAUAUUUUAACCAAAAAGUCUGUUAAUUUUAGGAAUGUACGGCAAAUCCUAGUUCUUCUCCGAGCAAAAUUAGAUAAGCAGAAGUUUAUGGAUAGUAAAUUGUGUAAGCGAUUUCCAGAUUUAUUACAUUUAGAUAAUCAUUUAUAUAUAUCAAAGCUUAAAUCAUAUUCAAAACAGAAGAAACUGUCACCAGAUGAUAUUAAUAAAAAAGUUGUACCGGACAUCUGGGGACAGCAUCCCCUAGGUAGUUUACAAUAUGUUUUACCACCAAAUCUUGCUACAAUAACUGGAUGUCGUCUUAUAUUGGAGUCUUUACCUGACCACCCAUAUAGAAAGAGACCCUUGCAAUGUCUCCAUAAAAACGCUAGUGUAACUCGUAUAUUUGAAAGGUUUUACAUUAUAUUUAUGUGGCCUAUGUUACUUUCUGAAAAUCAACCUAAAUAUGUUAAUAUUGAUGCACAGGGAAUAAAUCAAUCUGCUAGUAAUAAAACUAUAAAUAGUGACAUGGCUAUAGAAAGUAGUAUAUUUAAAUAUGAGAUUAAAUAGUUCACAGGAGUAAACUAAGUUUUGCCUUGAUCUGGUUAAGAAAAAAUAAUUAAUUACUCAUUUAUUGUUAUGGAAUGUAUAUUGGGUGUAAAUCUAUUAUGUGGGUGAGAGAUUCGAUGAAGACCAACAUCUUGUAAUAAGGACUGGAUAUGACAAAGAUUGAUAAUAUUUAAUUCUUGAAUAAGCCUACUUUGCCAAUACUGUAUCCUACAUUAUAUGUUAAUUAUUAUCACAUUUGCUGGAAGGUUGAUAAGCCCAUUUAUCAAAUUAUAUUUUAAUAAAAAAAACUUUUUAUUUUCAUUCGUGCCAUUUUCAUUUGAAUUUCACGCCGCCUUUUAUAGACGUCUUCACCCUGUCCACCUGUCACUGUCAACACAAUUUAAAUAAUUAUUCACUACAAACAUUCAAUACGAAAACGGACAGAGUUUCGGUGAGAUGUUCACAGUCCGACGACAAACGAAGUAAUGGUCACCAACUUUUUUUUUUGCGCCCAAACAAGGCAAAGGGCUACCCUCCGGGAUAACGACGCAGCCUAAGUCUGCGUUGGUUAUGUGGGACUCACGUGAAAACAUAGGUGCCUACCCACUAAACACCACCUGCAGUUGGCUUUGGGCAGGUGCCCUCUAAGCCUACAUCGAAGGCGACCUUCUCUUGGGAAGAGAGAGGCGCAAGCGGCACUAUGGAGUAUCCGCUGAGAUAUAGCACAGAAGGUGCUAUCUAAUUGGGACUAGUGACAUAAGAAGGAUGAUCACAAACUAGAGGUGAAUCUAAAUGCGUCUGCCAAAAGGCGAUCCCCGGAUGCCAAAAGGCGAUCCAGGUCAGACGAGAGUUGGUUAGGGGAUCGGUUGGUUAGAGGGCGUGUCUGGGCCUCCUGACUUGAUAACGUGAAGGAGAGGGGAGGGGUAUAAUCCGCUGCCUCCUUAAUCAGGGGAUUUGGGUGAUUGACUGAGGACUUGAAGAAAGUUUCAGACAAGCACUUUAAGUGUUGUUGGAUGAUGGGGAUGAAGAUCUGCGUUCCUAACGCACCAGUGACCAUUGACAGCCUUACGGCAGAAAAUGGAUUGGACUGUUUGGAGUUUAUCAAUAAUGUUGGGUUUCGCAUGAGCGAAAACUGGAGCGGCGUAAGUCAUAACCGGUCGAAUGCAAACCUUGAAGAGUGUUCGCUUGUUCCUAAAAGACAUUUUACUGUGCCUACCUAACAUACUGUUUAGGCGGUACAGAUAGAAGCGGGCGGUUCCGGUCACCUUCUGGACGUGAGGCCUGAAGGUGAGUUGGGAGUCGAGGUUCACACACAAGUACUUGGCUGUGGACCUGAAGGGGGUCACCAACUGUUCUGCUACCGCUUAUAUAGCGGUCUGUCGGCUGCUAGUAGGGAGAGGUGACGUCACGUCUUGAAAAUUUUCUUGUGUUUCUAAGAUUAUAAUUAAUGUGUGCGUGAGCGUCACGUACUUACAUUCGUCAACACCAACACAGACAGCCAAAUAAUGUUGCAAAUGAAUAGAAAGUUCCCUAAAUCAGUAAAUUGUAAGAAAUACUAGAUUAUAUGUAACAAGAAAGAAGAAAUAAAAUAUAAAUUAACAAUUUAAUAAAAACAUCACGUAGAUAUAGACGCGUAACAGAUUUCAAAUCUGUCCUUGCUGCUUAUUAUGCAUAUGUACAUUCUAGAUUAUCAUAUGGAAUAUUAAUAUGGGGAAACUGUAGUGAAAUAAAAGAUAUAUUUAUUCUACAGAAAAAAUGGAAUAGAAUUUUAGAAAAUAUUCAGCAGAUAGAUUCAUGUAGACCAUAUUUUAUUAAACACAAAAUUUUAAGUCUUACUUCAAUUUACAUUCAGAAGCAUGUAAAUUUGUUAAAAAACAUUCGGACUUAUACUCAACACUACCAAACAACAAGCGAAAUAGUAGAAAUUUAAACAAAUUAAAAAUUCCCCAAACGAGUAUGUCAUUAGUGUCAUCGAGCCCUCACCACAUGGCAAUAAAAAUUUAUAAUCACAUCCCGAACGAUAUUAAAAAUAAAGAGAAGCCUUCUCUAUUUAAAAGACAUCUUAAAAAAUUUUUAGUUACAAAAUGCUUCUACGAUUUACCCGAAUUUUUUAAUUACACUUAGUGUGAGAAUUAGUUACAAUAUAGUAUAAGAAUGUAUAAAAUGUAUACUAAGACUAUUUCUUUUAUGUAUAACAUUGCUGUGCCCUUGCAGAGCGUCACAUAUUGUCUACCCAUUAAUGUACCUACCACCCUACUGUAAAAUGUGACUUGCAAUAAAAUAUUAUGAUUUGAUUUGA